AUGGAGUCAAAGGCCAUGGUCCGGACCUGGGGUAAUGUUGAUCUGGGGUUCGAGGAUAUUUUGUCCCCGCGGGCAGGCCUGGCGUCGGCAUUUCCACGAAUCAGCACGGUGCCGGACCGGGGCUGGGAGAAAGUCGACUCCACCAAUCGCCAGAGACGCCAUGGCCAAGCAAACGCAGACGAACGAGCUAAAAUGUGA